UGCCUUGACGUCAAGUGUCUGUGUGAGCAUGCGUGUGGGAUGUUAGAUCAGCCCCGUGUUCGUGUGUAUGAAAGGCUGAAAAUCCCACGAUACCGCUCGUAUUGCGUUACGGACACCGUGUGCAUCUGAGAGACAACAUCUGGUUGCUUCUUGAAGACCGAGGACUUGAUCGCUGAAGGCCAUACACACACAUAACGCUUUGAAGGACCAUCCGACGUUAGCAGCAGCAGUCCACGAUAUCAACACAAGACAGCCUGACCGCGCCAGAAGCGGAGAGGAGAGGAGAAAAGGGGGAAGCGUUUCUGCUGUCUUCUGAGAAAGGACAGCAGAUGACCUGACCAGCCAAUCAGAGAAGAGCUGAGAGCCCGGUGGGAGAAGCCUAGCGCUGGUGGUGCAGCAGGAGAGGAGCAGAGAGGAGGAGUGAGAGAGAAGAGGGAGAGGAGGAGAGGAGAGGAAGAGGAGGAGGAGAGGAGGAAGAGGAGGAGGAGGAGGAGGAGGAGGAGGAAUGGGCAUCGGUAAGAACAACACCUCCAAAGCCACGAUGGACUCUACCGGAGGAGAAGGAGGAGGAGCCUACGAGGAGGACAGCAAGCACGCCGCAGAGUUCUACCCCAUACCCGUGGUGGUGAAUGGGGUGAGCAGCCAGGCCAACGGGGAACAAGACACUGAAGACACGGAGCUGAUGGCCAUCUACACCAAAGAGAACCAGGCCACUGACAAGUGCUCCAUGUCUGACACUGUGGACAGCACUGAGAGUGAUCGGCGGAUGGAUAUGAUCUACACCAUAGAAGACUGCCCACCCUGGUACCUCUGCAUCUUCCUAGGCCUACAGCACUACCUGACGUGCUUCAGUGGUACCAUCGCGGUGCCCUUCCUGCUGGCGGACGCCAUGUGUGUGGGUUUCGACCAAUGGGCUACCAGCCAGCUGAUCGGCACCAUCUUCUUCUGCGUCGGAAUCACAACACUACUGCAGACAACCUUCGGAUGCCGUCUCCCUCUGUUUCAGGCCAGUGCGUUUGCCUUCCUGGCGCCGGCAAGAGCCAUCCUCUCACUGGAGAAAUGGAAAUGCAACAACACAGAUAUUCCUGCCUCCAACAGCACAGAGCUGCUUCACACAGAACACAUCUGGCACCCGCGCAUCAGAGAGAUCCAGGGUGCCAUCAUCUUCUCGUCCCUGAUCGAGGUGUGUAUCGGGGCGCUGGGGCUCCCGGGGGUGUUGCUAAAGUACAUCGGGCCCCUGACCAUCACCCCCACCGUGGCCCUCAUCGGCCUCUCUGGCUUCCAGGCAGCAGGGGAGCGCGCGGGGAAACACUGGGGCAUCGCCAUGCUUACUAUAUUCCUAGUGCUGCUCUUCUCUCAGUAUGCGAGGAACGUUCAGCUUCCUCUGCCCAUCUAUAAGGCCAAGAAGGGCUGGACCUCAUACAGACUACAGCUCUUCAAGAUGUUCCCCAUCAUCAUGGCUAUCCUGCUCUCCUGGUUCAUCUGUUUCAUCUUCACCAUAACUGACGUCUUCCCCCCCGAGAGCGACCAAUACGGUUUCUACGCUCGCACCGACGCACGCCACGGAGUUCUGGCCGCGGCACCCUGGUUCAAGAUACCAUACCCCUUCCAAUGGGGUUGGCCCACUGUGACGGCUGCUGGUGUGAUCGGGAUGCUGAGUGCAGUGGUGGCCAGUAUCAUAGAGUCCAUAGGAGACUACUACGCCUGCGCUCGCCUGUCGGGGGCGCCACCACCACCCAUACACGCCAUCAACAGGGGUAUUUUCAUGGAGGGGGUGUCAUGUGUUCUGGACGGAGUUUUCGGAACCGGUAACGGAUCAACCUCAUCCAGCCCCAACAUAGGAGUACUGGGCAUCACCAAGGUGGGCAGUCGGCGCGUGAUCCAGUACGGUGCUGCCAUCAUGCUGCUACUGGGUCUGGUGGGCAAGUUCAGCGCGCUAUUCGCCUCGCUGCCUGACCCGGUUCUGGGGGCGCUGUUCUGCACCCUGUUCGGCAUGAUCACGGCCGUGGGCCUCUCCAACCUGCAGUUCGUGGACCUCAACUCCUCCAGAAACCUCUUCGUACUCGGAUUCUCCAUCUUCUUCGGUCUCGUGCUGCCCAGCUACCUGAAGAGCAACCCACUGGUCACUGGUAUCCAGGAGAUUGACCAGGUGUUGAACGUGCUGCUGACCACCGCCAUGUUCGUAGGCGGCUCCGUGGCCUUCCUACUAGACAACACUAUCCCAGGUUCCCUAGAGGAGCGCGGCAUCCGCAAGCUGAAGCGGGGGGCGGGGGUGUCUGUGGCGGAGUCGGAGUCUCUCAAGUCCUACGACUUCCCGUUCGGAAUGGACUUCCUGCGGCGCCACCCGGCGUUCCAAUACCUCCCCAUCAGCCCCACCUUCGCCGGCUACCAGUGGGGGGCGCUGCGCUCACGCUGCCGCCGCGGCAACAAGAACAAGAACAACAACAAGGGGGCCGGUGGUGGUGGUGGUGGGAGUGUGGUUGUCAAGGAGAAGCCGAUUACCGUGGUUACGGACAGCGAUGGGGGAGUGGUAUAGCGUACGGCGCGCGAUCGCAUUGGACACGGCCACACAAUCAUCUGCGGAACAGUCCAGAAGCUUUCCUUAUCUGACACACACACACACACCGGGGGGAGUGGGGCGGGGUCUCAGAACCCUAUCUAAGAUCGAUCUCAUUGGACAACUUCCACUCCCCUACCGUCAUUCUGGAACAGUCCGGAAUCGUUCCUUUUUCCUACACACACACACACACACCACACACACACACAGCGACGGGGGAGGGGUGUAGUGGGACGGGGAGUGGUCUCGGAACUCUGCCUUCGAUCUCAUUGGACAAUCUCCCCACCAAUUGGAACAGUCCGGAAUCUUUCCUUUUUUCUGACACAUACACACACAUACACCCUACCAGCCUCAAGCACACACACACACACACACACACGCACACACACACGCACUCUUCUGUUACCUUGAUGAGUGACUUGAGAGUGACUUCUCCUGCUGUGGUGGCGAAGGGGAGUUGAGUUGCCCCUGCCGGGACUCGAACCCGGCUCUUCUGAGAUACCAAACGGGGGCUCUGACCGCUACACCAAAGAGCCAGGCUCAUCAGAGGACACCCCAACACAACCCUAGGGGCUGUCACAGCAUCACACACACACACACACACACACACACACACACACACACCGCUUGAAGUGGAACAUUCCAACUACUUCCCUUCCACUGUACUCCAGCUGGCUACCCGCUACCUGUGCCACACACACACACACACACACACACACACACACACACACACACACACACACACACACACACACACACACACACACUGGUGGUUCCUCAUGCAUUUUCCAAACAUAGACAGACACACACACAUAUUAACGCUGUCUGUGUGUGUGUGUGUGAAGUGUUUUUACGCUUCUCACGGUUAGAAGUGGACCUACACACACACACACACACACACACAAACACUCUCAGACAAACACACUGGUGGUUCCUCAUGCCUUUUCCAAAUAUAGUCAGACACACACACAUACUAACGCUGUCUGUGUGUGUGUGUGUGUGUGUGUGUGAAGUGUUUUAGACCUGCUGUGCAUCUCAAUGGACCCUCUACACUUCCUGGACCUUCACACACACACAC